CUUGCUGGAACAUGCAUGGCACGUGCUCAGCAGCUGACAGAGAAGGGGGCCGCGUCUCCACGGGAAGCCCCACCAUCGCGUACCAAUUUGAAUUUCGAAAUCGCAUCCACGGACGAGCCGCCGAGCCCUCUCUUGUUCUUCUCAUUUUAUUUUCUUCCCCAUUUCUCUCGCACGCCUCCCGUUCCGUUCCGCACCGAGCUCCCUCCCCCACCUCCUCCGCCGCCGCCGCCGUCUCUCAUCGCGUCCCUCCUACGAGGCUACGAUAAGCCCCCACCCGUCCGCGCUGCCGCCGCCGUCGACGGGAGGCGCCGCCACGGCGAGGGCACGGUGAGGGAUCCUAUGGGGAGCUCGGAAAUGGCGUCGCAACCGCAGAGUGACAGCGUCAAGGUGGCUGUCAACGUCAGGCCGCUCAUCACGUCGGAGCUCCUCCUUGGCUGCACUGACUGCGUCACCGUCACCCCCUGCGAGCCGCAGGUCCAAAUUGGGCCACACGUCUUCACUUAUGAUCAUGUCUAUGGCAGCACGGGCUCUCCAUCCACACUGAUAUUUGAGCAAUGCGUGCACCCACUAAUUGACUCAUUAUUCUGUGGAUACAACACUACUGUGCUAGCUUACGGCCAGACUGGAUCUGGGAAGACGUACACGAUGGGUACCAACUAUACUGGUGAAGCGAACUGUGGAGGAAUAAUUCCACAAGUCAUGGAAACAAUAUUCAGGAAAGCUGAUGCAAUGAAGGAUGAUGCAGAGUUGUUAAUUAGGGUAUCUUUCAUUGAGAUAUUCAAGGAAGAGGUCUUUGAUUUGCUCGAUGAUCCAGGGUGUGUUGCCAAAGCCUCAGCACCUGCCAGAGUGCCUAUUCAGAUUCGAGAAACUGCAAAUGGCAGCAUUACACUUGCUGGCGUCACGGAGGCUGAGGUCAAGUCAAAAGAAGAAAUGGCCUUGUACUUGGCGCGUGGGUCUUCUUCACGUGCUACUGGGAGUACAAACAUGAAUAGUCAGUCAAGCCGUUCUCAUGCAAUCUUCACUAUUUCUAUCGAGCAAAAGAAAACCUCAAAUUUUACAUCUGACAAGACAACUAAUAAUGAUUAUGACAUAUUAUCAUCAAAGUUUCAUCUAGUUGACUUGGCUGGUUCUGAAAGGGCUAAACGAACAGGAGCUGAUGGAUUGCGACUUAAAGAAGGAAUACACAUAAACAAAGGACUACUAGCUCUUGGAAAUGUUAUUAGUGCAUUAGGUGACGAAAAGAAGAGGAAAGAAGGAGCAUUUGUCCCAUAUCGUGACAGUAAAUUAACCCGCCUACUGCAGGAUUCUCUAGGUGGAAAUAGUAGAACUGUUAUGAUUGCUUGCAUUAGUCCUGCUGAUUCUAAUGCAGAAGAAACAAUUAAUACCCUAAAAUAUGCCAAUCGUGCACGAAAUAUUCAAAAUAAAGCAGUGAUCAAUCGAGACCCUGUCACAGCAGAGAUGCAGAAAUUAAGAAGUCAACUAGAGCAGCUUCAGAGUGAACUUUUGUUUUCCCGUAGUGGGAGUGCAGCACUAGAAGAACUUCAGUUGCUGCAACAAAAGGUCUCUCUGCUCGAGUUAAAAAAUUCAGAGCUUUGCUAUGAACUCAAGGAAAGGGAGAUGUCUUGUGAACAGUUAGCGCAGCGUGCACUUUCUGCCCAGCUGGAAAAGGAUCAGCUGAUGCUGAAGCUUGAAUCAGCACGGAAUGGAAAAUCGUGGGAUGAUAUUGAAAAUGCCAGUAGUGAGGAUGUGGACCUUAUGAAGACAUAUAUAUCAAAGAUUCAGCAGUUAGAGGAUGAAAUAACACGGCAAAAGUUCUCAGCUGCCUGUAGAAACGGUUUACAUGAUCAGCUUGCAUUGGAUAAGGGCAUGCUUCUAGAUGACCUAGGUUCAGGCUGUGAUGUAGGAAUGCCUGAAGCAUCAAGUGAAGUUGAUGAAGAAGAAAAGGAGAGAGAACAUUCAUCCCUGCAAGAGAAACUUGAUAAGGAGCUGCAGGAUCUUGAUAAAAGACUUCAGCAAAAGGAGGCGGAGAUGAAACAAUUUGCAAAGAGUGACACCUCUGUUCUCAAGCAACAUUAUGAGACAAAGUUACAUGAGGUGGAGCAAGAGAAGAAGGCCCUUCAGAAAGAAAUCGAGGAUCUUCGUCACACAUUAACCAAUAUAUCUUCUUCAACUGAUGAGUGUGGACACAAACUGAAAGAAAAUUACCUUCAGAAGCUGAGCACGCUUGAAUCUCAGCUCAAGAAGAAGCAGCAAGCUCAACAACAGCUGCUACGACAGAAGCAUAAAAGUGAUGAGGCAGCUAUGCGUUUACAAGGGGAAAUUCAACGAAUCAAAUCUCAGAAGGUUCAACUUCAACAAAAGAUUAAACAAGAAUCCGAGCAAUUUAGAUCUUGGAAGGCUGCUCGUGAAAAGGAAGUGCUUCAGCUAAAAAAGGAAGGGAGACGGAAUGAAUAUGAGAUGCAUAAACUCCUAGCCUUAAACCAGAAGCAGAAAAUGGUUUUACAGCGAAAAACUGAAGAAGCUACAAUGGCCACGAAAAGACUGAAGGAUUUGCUUGAAGCAAAGAAGUCCACCCGCGAUACAUAUGGAAGUGGAAACGGAUCAGGGAUUCAGGCCUUGAUGCGGACCAUUGAUGAUGAACUUGAAGUGACUGUAAGGGCAUACGAAUUACGUUCACACUAUGAACGACAAAUGCAAGAGAGAGCAGCAAUAUCAAAGGAAAUAGCAAAGCUGAAGGAGUGUCCUCAGGCAAUGUCUCCUAGUGCUAGAAGUUCUAGAAUGUCAGCACUAGAAAACAUGUUGUCCUCAUCAUCUAGUGCUAUGGUUUCCAUGGCUUCUCAACUCUCUGAAGCGGAGGAUCGGGAGCGUGCGUUCAAUGGUAGAGGCAGAUGGAACCACAUAAGGUCCCUACCUGAUGCAAAGAACACUAUGAAUUACCUUUUUCAGUUAGCAUCAUCUUCAAGAUGUCAAUUACAUGAUAAGGAGGUGAUGUGUAGAGAGAAAGACCUCGUCAUUGGCGAACUGAAAGAAAAGGUGGUUGUGCUUAAUGGCAGAACGAGACAAUUAGAAGCACAGACUAAUGAUCUACAUAAUCAAAAUAUGCUGCUUUUUACUGCAAUGAACAAUGCGAAGAAAUCUGGUAGGGCCUUAAGGUGUGAUACAACUGUCGGUCCAGAAGAUGGCCAAACGUACGCAUUGCGGAAGAGUGCUCGAGCUUCACAAUUUUCCAUGUAUAGUAAGAACAACUUCUACUGGUCUGAUGACAUGGACAUAUCAGAUGCUGAGGAGUCACAAGAAUUAGAUGAUAUGAGUGAUGGUUCUGAUUCGGAUUGGGUAAAAUCAUCCAAGAAAGUCAAUACACGACGGAGAAAAUCAUCCAAUCUGAGUGGCAACAAUUCACAUAAAAAUGUCAAGUCAGAGAUGCAUAGUGAUGAAAUUCCUAAUUUUCAGAAAGACCAUGCGUCACAGUGCUGCUCGUGUACAUCAAAAUCAUUAUGCAAGACCAGAUAUUGUGAGUGCAAAGCAGGAGGUUCACAAUGUGGUACUGCUUGUGGAUGUGAUGCUUCGAAAUGUACCAACAGGGUGCACAUCAAGAAAGAAAUAGAUGAUGAACCAUCUCCGACGGAAGGUAGUGAAUGUGGUGAUGUUUCUUUCUCAGAUAAUGAUGUCAAAUUGAAGGAAGAUGUGAAGCAGGGAAUCAUGCUUCUUGAGAAUGCUAUGGCUGAGAAAGAAGCUCAAGAACCAAAAUCAAGAAAACCAUUGGCUGACAUUGGAAAUAACAUAGUGAAACAACCCGGGGCAAAACCAAAGCAGAGGAAAAACUGGUGCAAGUCGACAAUUCAGCUUGUCCCUACAGAGCCUCCCCCACCGCCCUCUGCCCCGGAUAACUGUGAAGCUGCUCCACGAAGCAGAGCUGACAUUCCCCUCAGGUUGCCCAGAGGAAUGUCCCCAGUGCCUGCCGAGAGCAACCCACUUACGGAUCGCAAUUCCACCAAGCCCGACGAAUCUGCCAGUACCAACAAGGAUAACAACAGUGUUCGUGCAAGGUCACCAGCUCGGCCUAGAAAGAAUGCCAUUGAGAAGGAGAACCACUUGCGGUGAUGAUCGUCCUGCUAGUGAUGAACAUGUUUGGAACAAAUUGCAGAAGAGCAAGAGGUAAACAAACUGUUAUAACCGACGUGCACCUUUCCCCCCCUGGAGAUGGUCCGAUGGACAUCGCAUCAGUCCAGUCCUUUUGCUGGUUCCUCGUGAAGGCCAAGCAGCUAGCUUGGCAGAAGUAAAUAGCCUCUUGCUGUUCUAGCCUAACUUAAACUGCAGUCAGAAUCACCGCAACCCGCGGAGUAGCACUUCUGUUGUCGGUUCUCCUUGACAGUUCUGCUCUCGAUACUGGGGCAUGUUUAGAUCUCUGCUCUGAAGCAUGUUUUGCUUUAACCCUGUUGUGCUGUGGCGGGAUUCUACUUGGAGUUGCUGAUAUCAGUUCCUCUUGCUACUGAUCUAUAUAUAUGCCUUUUGUUUUCGA